CUAAAAGUAAAUAAAUUUAUUCAAAACUACCUGAAAAGCGUUCAGGCUGCUAAAGGCACGGCAUCUGCCAGAUCUCUUGUGCUUUCCCUUUCUGAAUUCAUGCUGCACCAAGGUCAAGUUUUGGGUUCAAGUCUGCUGAGGACUAGAUGGUGCAGGAAGAAGAUACCAGUGCCUGUGUCUGGUUGGAACUGUCAGCUGUUGGGGUCAGGAGAGAUAAUGUUACAGCUUCACUCCUUGGUACCUUGGGCUGCAUUCACAUUGCACUAAGCAGGAGUGGGUUGUGUAUUUGGAUGGAGAUUUCCAAAGAUGCUUUCAAAAGUGUUGAUGUUUUGAUAGAUGAUGACAGACCUCAGUCAUUGGUUCCUUCUAAUGAGCUCUCAGAGCAGAUUGCCUUCUGUUCAGAGCUUCUAAUCAGCUCUAUGGUUUUGGUCACAACAAAGACAGCUGCUGAUGAUUUCAGCAUUCAGUAUGCUUUGGAUAGCAAUGGGCAUGUAACCUCCAAAAAGCCUUCCCAUCUUGGGCAAGGUACUACAGUAACAGUCCUCAAUUUGUUUAAGAAUCUUCCUGUAAGAAAGCAGUUUUACUCAACAAAUAGAAAAUGUAAGGAAGAACUUAAAAAAGUCCAAGAUCUACUGACAGCAUAUGGUAUCAUAAAACCAGACCUGAGGAUAACAUUAACACAUAAUAAGGCAGUUAUUUGGCAGAAGACCAGGGUAUCAGAUCACAAAAUGGCCUGUAUGUCAGUUCUGGGAACAGCCGUUAUGAGCAGUAUGGUACCUUUUCAACAUGGCUGCGAAUAUCCUGAGAUAAACCUUUCUGGAUUUCUCCCAAAAGCUGAGUCAGACAGUUCUUUGACAAGCCUUUCAAGUUCAGAAAGGAGUUUCAUUUUUAUAAAUAAUCGUCCAGUUAUUCAAAAGGAAAUACUGAAGUUAAUUCGCCAGUACUACAGUCAGGUGACACAAAAGGACUGUAGUCGUUUAUAUCCUGUUUUCUUUUUGAGUAUUACUGUACCUGCCUCUGCUGUGGAUGUGAAUAUAACACCUGAUAAAACACAAGUUUUGCUGCAUUAUAAGGAAUCUGUCUUACUUGCAGUUGAAAAUGUGUUGAAAUCACUGUAUGGGCCACUACCUGCUGGAGUCCCUGGUGAAAGUAAUAAAACAGAUGUUACCUCAGAAGACAUGUUUGUUCAUAGAACAGCCCAAACAGAUGUGGCUGUUAAUGAAAUGGGACCAUCUGGAAGUGAUGAGCUACAUGCUCAUACUUCAUUCCUUUCACUCAGCAGUGAUGUGCAAAACUGUCAAGCGGGAAAAAACGCAGAGAUCUGCUUAAAUCAUCAGACAUUUAGUGGUGAUAAUGUACACAGUCGCCUGGACAGAAGAGAGGUUUCUAAGAGUGAUGCCUUUCCAGACAGUUCCUUAAAUUUAUUGUGUGAGGAGGAACAGAAUGGACAGAAUAUGGCUGGUAUUCAAAGUAAAAGUGUUCCUGUGGACCCCGAGUCUAAAAGAGCCAGUGAGCAUCUUUUGAGUUCUGAUAAUAUUGACAAAACAGGUAACAAUGACGAAGCCUUAGUCCCUAAGGACUUACCUGAAAUCUCUGCUGAUAGUUGGAGUAUGGGAAGUGCAUUUAAAGACAGUCUGGGAGACAAGCUGGAACCUGUUAAGAUCUUGAUUCCUGAAGUUGAAAGAACAACUAAUAAGCAAAAUGAAUACACUGGUGAAAAAAGCAGUGAUCCACAAAUCUCAAAUCAAAGCAUAAAGAAAAAAAAUGUGAUAAGUGAAAAGUUUGGACAUGUGACAGCUUAUGACUUAAUUAAUAGCAGAAUAAUAAAGAAACCAAAGUCUGCAUUUGAAUUUUUCACACAUGAAUGUCGUCCACAAUUGAUAAAUGAUAAUCCAAAGACCAGCAUGAAUGACAUCCUGCUGACAAUUGAAGAGCGGUGGAAGAAUUUGAAUGAAGAGGAAAAACAGAAUUAUGAAAUAAAAGCCACUAAGGACCAGGAACGGUACAACAGAGAAGUCAAGAAAGCCAAUGCAGAGCCAAUGCACCGACCAGCCAAGGAGGCAGGAAAACACAAAACCAAGCUAAAGAGUUCUGCAUCUGACCAGCAGAAGCUUGACAGGAUAUUUCAUGACCAGAUUGAAAAGAAGGGGAGACUGGAACAGCCUGUGAAAAUUGUGACAGUGCCUUUUUCUCUGAGUUCCUGUAGACGUCACCUUCAGAGGCAAGAGAAAAAUGUUUCAGAUGAACACGAGCUUUUCCUCAUCCGUCGUCAGAGUUUCCCUGAUGUCUGGAUACUUGCUACUGAAAAAAAUGUAAAAGUGCUGAAUCCAUAUAGGUUGGAAGAGGCCCUGCUAUGUAAGAGGUUACUGAUGAACCAUAAGCUUCCAGUAGAGAAACUGGACAAUCCAAUUGUGUUAACAGACAGUCUUAUUGGUGGAUCUCAGUAUAUGGCUGCUCUUCAUAAAAUGCAGAAGAAUUACCACAGUUUCCAUGGAUCAGGUUAUUUGUCAGAUCCAAGGCUUGUAGCAAAUGGAUUCCAGAUAAAAGUGAUAGAAGGUGCUUCGGCUACAGAAAGUCAUCUGGAAAUAGAAGGGAUGGCAAAUUGUCUGCCAUAUUAUGGAAUUUCUGAUUUGAAAGAAAUUCUGAAUGCAGUAGUUAACAGAAAUGCAAAGGAAGUAUAUGAAUGUAGACCUCUCAAAGUGAUAAAUUACCUGGAGGGAGAAGCAGUACGUUUAGCCCGGCAGCUGCCCUUACAUUUGUCAAAAGAAGAUGUGCAAAACACAAUUUACAGGAUGAAGCAACAGCUUGGAAAGGAAAAUAAAGGCUGCGUUCAUGGUCGUCCUUUUUUUCAUCACUUAACAGAUAUUCCAGAAGUUGACAAGCACAACUCCAUGGAAAUUACUCAGUAAAUGGAACAUUUUGUUUGGGGUUCAUACUUCUCUUGCUUAAUUUUGAUCACUACUCUAUAAUUUCAGUAUGUUUUGUGCAAAGCUUUUGUAUAAUGACUUUUCAUUGUUACAUGUUCACCUCCUAAAGACUUUAUUAAUAUAAAAAAUGCUAGUCGAAAAUUGAAAGUAUAUACUGUAUAGAAACAGGUCACCACUAUUUUUUAAAAAAAUAAUUUAUUAAAGAAAUGUUCUCACCUGG